CGUUCUAAACUCCUGAUCCUGGUCCAGUCUUUUCUGUGGCUCCGCUCCGGGUUUUCCCUCCGCCCUCUCUCUGUGUGCUCGGUGUGUGUCGGUGUGCGGAGCGGAGCUCGGUCACAGUGCAGGAGGAGCAGCAGAGUCUGCAGGGCCUGCUGUCUCUGUCAGGGAGGUUAAAUCCGGGUUAUAUCAGCGCGGAGGAGGGAGGACAGCUUCGGGUCUUCAGCUCUGAAUCCUCCGACAUUUAAAUCAGUAUAGAAGCCGCUCCGAGGUGCAGGAGGCUCGGCCGGCUGCGCGCGCUGCGGGGGAUGUGCGCACACAAUGGGAACCGACGCUGUGGCACGGUCCGGGACGCGGCGCUGCAAUAAUGUUUACCCCCCCUGUGUGUGAUGGAGGAGCAGAUCCAGGAGCAGGAUCAGGACAUUUUAGUGGAGCACUUCUUCUGUUCGGACAGUAAAGAGUUUUUCACGCCGGGGGGUCGCCUCAGUGUACCGGGCAGAGAGCUGCUGUGAGCCCGGAGAGAGGAGCGGAGCACACGCCGGUCUGAAUUCCUCCGGGAUAAACACGGAAUGUAUUUCCUGCUGUUUGCACAUCUGGAUGAAGGGAGAGUCGGUUUAUUGCCCCCAAAGCGCUUUGGAACCAGUUAAAGUCAAUGUAAGAGUUUCAGAUUUAAAUGAAAUCAUUUUCAGAUUAAAAGGAGGAUUUCUGCACAUUAAAUACAAACUUGACUCCCUGAUUAGAGUGUUUUCAGUCUGAUAAACUUUGGUGCAGACACUCAAAGGGAGCAGAGGAGGAGAAUCAGUGUGUUUUUGGGAUGUACCUUCUGGACAGCAGCUGCUCUGACAGGAUGGAGCGAGGAACGCCUCAGAGGAAGACGGUCUACAGGAUCUCCCUCACUCUGGUGAAGAGGGAGAGUCUGGACGGAGAGGACGGAGCAGAGAACCCAAAGCUGAGCGCCUUCAGGAAGGAGGGCUCAGUGGACAUCCAGCGCGGCGGGCUGCUGGAGCAGCUGGAGGAGGUGGAGGAUGAGACGGAGGAGUUCUCGUCGUCACACGGCCUCAUGAGGAACUUCAGGACGUUCAGCACGGGGCAGCUGGAGCUGGGCCGCCUCAAACUGUGCAGGAAGCAGCAGAAGGAGCUGAAGGCCAAGGCCGCCAGCCCGGUCACAGAGACUCAGGAGAACAUGUUGGCACAGAGUCCAGGAGACCCUCAGAGGGGGGGCGGGGGGCAGGAAACAGAGGAUUCUCUCAGACUUAGUGAGGAUGUGAACGGUGGAGCUGCUGUGCAGAACGGCAGCGUGGAGAAGAAGAAGAGACUGCUGAAGGCUAAGAGCAUGGAGGAGAGGGGCUGUGACCCCCCUCUGAACGGAGACACUACCAUGUCUCACUCCAAAAGUAACGGGAAAGAGACCCCCCCUAUGAAGCGCCCCCCUGGUCUGCUGCGCCGCAGCUUCAGCUUCAGACACUGGAGCGGUGGUGAGUUGCUGCGUCUGCGAGCGCUGUCUAAAGACAAACACCACAGCAGCUCCGGCUGCAUCGGACACGAUGACGGGGAGGCUCCUGCUGCCAUCCCACCCCCCCGCCUCGCUGACCCCACCCGGGUGAAGAGCAGGACUCUGGAGAUGGGCGCCAUCCUCAAUAAGACGGACUCCAUGUCUGAGCUGAGUCGUGCAGAGAGAGCGCGAGGCAACAAGAACCGGACCCUGGACAACAGCGACCUGCUGCGGCUGGCGGCCGAGAAGGACGGAGCGGGCGGGGGCUUCCUGCUGAGGGGAGGGGGCGGGCGCUCCAGUGAGAGGCGUCUGGUUCGAUUCUUCAGCGGGAUCUUCUCCAGGAGGGAGGGGGGGUCCACCUCCAGUCCGGUGGGGAGUCCCAGUACAGAGCGGUCCUUCAGACGCAGCAGGAGGACGGUUCUGUCCCAGUCCAGCACGGAGAGCAUGAACGGAGGGAGCAGUGAAGAUGCCUUCGUGAACAGUCAGGAGUGGACGCUGAGUCGAACCGUACCAGAACUCAAAGUGGGCAUUGUGGGUAAUCUGGCCAGUGGUAAGUCGGCGCUGGUGCACAGAUACCUGACAGGAACGUACGUCCAGGAGGAGUCACCUGAAGCUGACGUGGAUGCAGGAGGUCGCUUUAAGAAGGAGAUCGUGGUGGACGGUCAGAGUCACCUGCUGCUCAUCAGAGAUGAAGGAGGCCCCCCGGAGGCUCAGUUUGCUCUGUGGGUGGAUGCCGUGAUCUUCGUCUUCAGUCUGGAGGAUGAGAUCAGUUUUCAGACCGUCUAUCACUACUUCAGCCGCCUCUCCAACUUCAGGAACGCCACCGACCUGCCGCUGGUGCUGGUCGGCACGCAAGACGCCAUCAGCUCCGCUAACCCUCGAGUGAUCGACGACAGCCGGGCCAGAAAACUCUCCAACGACCUCAAGCGCUGCACCUACUACGAGACCUGCGCCACCUACGGCCUCAACGUGGAGCGAGUCUUCCAGGACGUCGCUCAGAAGAUCGUGGCGACCAGGAAGAAGCAGCAGCUCUCCAUCGGGCCGUGCAAGUCGCUCCCCAACUCGCCGAGUCACUCAUCUGUCUGCGCCACACAAGUGUCAGCCGUCCACAUCAGCCAGACGAGUAACGGCGGCGGCAGUCUGAGCGACUACUCGUCGUCGGUUCCGUCGACGCCGAGCACGAGCCAGAAGGAGCUCCGCAUCGACGUGCCGCAGACCACCAACACGCCCACGCCCGUCAGGAAGCAGUCCAAACGCCGCUCCAACCUCUUCACCUCGAGGAAGGCCAACGAGACGGACAAGGACAAGAAGGGCCUGGAGGCUCGCGCCGACAGCAUCGGCAGCGGGCGAGCCAUCCCCAUCAAACAGGGCAUGCUGCUGAAGAGGAGCGGAAAAUCCCUCAACAAGGAGUGGAAGAAGAAGUAUGUGACACUGUGUGACAAUGGACUGCUCACCUACCACCCCAGCCUGCAUGACUACAUGCAGAACGUCCACGGGAAGGAGAUCGACCUGCUGAGGACGACGGUGAAGGUCCCCGGGAAGAGGCCGCCUCGCGCCGUGUCCACCUGCGCCGCCUUGCCGAGUCCCAAAACCAACGGGCUGACCAAGGACAUGAGCAGCCUGCAGCUGGGACAGAAUCCAGGCUCGGUGACCAGCAGCUCGUCGGUGUCUCAGAUGGCGAGCGGCGUCAGCUUGGUGUCCUUUAACAGCCGCGGUCUGGAGGGCAUGCACCAGCGCUCCUACUCCGUCUCCAGCGCCGACCAGUGGACGGACGCCACCGUCAUCGCCAACUCAGGAGUCAGCACAGAUACUGGUCUGGGAGACUCGGUGUGUUCCAGUCCCAGUAUCUCCAGCACCACCAGUCCAAAGAUAGAGCCCCCGCCGUCGCCGCACGCCAACCGCAAGAAGCACCGCAGGAAGAAGAGCACGAGCAACUUCAAAGCCGACGGCCUCUCUGGUACUGCGGAAGAACAAGAGGAGAACUUUGAGUUCACCAUCGUGUCUCUGACGGGGCAGACUUGGCACUUUGAGGCCACGUCGUACGAGGAGCGAGACGCCUGGGUGCAGGUCAUCGAGAGCCAGAUCCUCGCCAGCCUGCAGUCGUGUGAGAGCAGCAAGAACAAGUCUCGUCUGACGAGUCAGACCGAGGCCAUGGCGCUGCAGUCCAUCAGGAGUAUCCGAGGAAACGCUCGCUGUGCAGACUGUGAGACUCAGAACCCCGACUGGGCCAGCCUGAACCUGGGUGCUCUGAUCUGCAUCGAGUGCUCGGGGAUCCACAGGAACCUGGGGACUCACCUGUCCCGGGUCCGCUCCCUGGACCUGGACGAGUGGCCGCUGGAGCUCAUCAGGGUCAUGUCGGCCAUCGGCAACGAGCUCGCCAACAGCGUGUGGGAGGCCAACGCCCAGGGAAGCCUCAAACCGGGACCCGACGCCAGCAGGGAGGAGCGGGAGCGUUGGAUCCGGGCGAAGUACGAGCAGCGUCUCUUCCUGGCGUCUCUGCCGGGCACCGAUCUGUCUCUGGGUCAGCAGCUUCUGAGAGCGACGGCCGAGGAGGACCUGCGCGCCGUCGUCCUGCUGCUCGCUCACGGCUCCAGGCAGCAGGUCAACGAGACGUGCGGCGAGGGAGACGGACGCAACGCCCUGCACUUGGCCAGUCGCAAGGGCAACGUGGUCAUCACGCAGCUCCUCAUCUGGUACGGCGUGGAUCUGAUGGCGAGGGACGCCCACGGUAACAGUGCGAUGGCGUACGCCCGACAGGCCAACAGCCAGGAGUGCGUGGACUCGCUGGCUCAGUACGGCUGCCCUGAUGAGCGUUUCCCCCUCAUGGCCACGCCCAACCUGUCACGCCGCAACACCAACCGCAACAACAGCUGCAGCAGCGCCGGGAGCGCCGCACUCAUAUGACCGCCACUUUGACCAUGUGACUCUUUUUAGGACAAACAAACAAACACGGGAGAGUCCUGAACGUUCACUCUGGGAACCACUACCUGUCCUAACUCUAAGCCCCGCCCACAUCACCUGACAGGACUGAUUGAAUCUGAUCACAGGUCAGUGGUGCGUACAGGCUUCAGUCUGGGAGAAGGCAUGAUGGGAAAUGUGGUCCACAAUCAACAGAACUCAGUGUUUAUCUGCAAAGCAUCCUGGGAAAGAAUCACAUGACUGAUGACGGCCAAUGGCGGCCAUCUGAAGCUCUUGGGACAUCAUACCUCAUCAUACAAAACAAAACACUACGAGACCAUUUCCUGUUCACACCUCCGAGACUGGGGCAGCAUCAUCACCCAACAGCCAAUCAGAAUCCUCCAAACCUGUAAACUCGUAAAACAUAUCACCUGUUCUCUGAAAAUCCAAGAAACUGUGAGAAGAAAUAUCACAAAGGAAAGAAGGAGGGGGGGAUGGGGGGAGGGGAGGGGAAGGGGGGGUGGGGGGGGGCGUCCAUGAACACUGAGUGCUCACCUGCACAUCAUCAUCCUCCUCCUCCUCCAUGACUCCGCCCCCCGCAGCGUCACCUGGUUUUUAUCUUUUAUUUUGAAAUUCUGUGAACUCUCCUGCCUUUACAUUUUCUUUUAAUGUGAAAAAUCUCGAUGUAAAAAAAAGAAAGGAGACGAGUGGUUAGAGGUAAACCGUGAUAGAUCGCAUGACCUAGACUCUUUCUUAGGAUUGUGUGUGUUAUAACCUCCAUGUGCAGUGCUGGACCAAUCCUUCAAGUGUCAACACGUUCUUUCUAUUCAGGUGUAAAAAGUCAAAGCGUGUACAGAAGCUGUUUUCAGGCUCAGGGACCGGAGACUGUCCAUAACCCCCCCCCCCCCCCCCCCCCCCCCCCCCCCCCCCCCAUCGCCUUUAGAACCAGGAGGCCCGGUGGAGAUGUUCACAUCCUCGUCCAGUAACGUUAAGGUCAUUUGCCCCUGAAGUGAAACAGGAAAAAAAAGGAAAAGGAAGCAGCUAAGAAACAAACAGAGCUUAAAGGGAAUAAUCUGCUGCUUCUUCUUCUUCUGGGGUUUUUAAUCUGCUGUCAGCUCCGACCAAUCACAGAGAAGAAGACAGGACAGAGGAGUUACAUGUUCAUUGUAUUAUUUCAGCCGGUAGAUCACAGACUCACUUUCACUGUUCAAUAACAGAGAGUCAUUCAGGUCACUAAAUCAUGUUUCUGUUUGUAAUGUUUGUGUCCCGUCCAAUCAGACGGUCUCCCUGAUCUGCUCAGCGAAUCACUAAGAAGGGCUUCCUCUUCUUCUUCUUCUCUGUAAACCUCCUCGUUGUAAAUAUUCUCUCCUCUCUCCUUCACGUUCUCUCUCUCAGCUAUGAUGGUGAUUUAUUCUAAUGUGUGUUUGUGUAGAGAAACAAACGUCAGCAUGGACUGAAUGUUUGUGUCUUGGUUCAGGAAGGUGAACUUUAGCAGGUAGCGCCACGUCUAAAGCAGCGGGUCCCAACCAGGAAGUCUUUGCAGAACUUCAGUCUGAACGUCAUCAGUGAAAAACAAAAAGUUUAAGGCUGUAAGAAACUCAAACCGACUCCGAAAGGAUGACGGUUGGACAUGUUUGAGCUAGAGUCUGAGUUUGAUUAAAGACGUCGCUUUCAUGGCGUCAGGUUUGAGUCUCGACUAAAUUUGUGAAGAUGCAGUCUGAAUGAGGUCGUUUGGGUCAGAAAUAAGUCUGACUGUAGAGACGUUUGAGUGAAGACCUGAUCCUCAUUGGAACUAGUGACCACAUAUCAAAUUGGAGUCUCUUUGAAAGGUAACCUUGGUUUUGACCAGAUCUAAAUGUUUCUGCAGAAAGUGUGUUUUACGCUUGAAGAAGUAAAGCACCGUUAAGUUUGGGAGCCACUGGUUUAUUCCAGGUGUCAUCACAUGUAGAAACAAACCCUUUGAAGCAGAUGUGACUGAGCAUUGAUUUCUUUUGGUAGCUUGAAUGUGUAACUGAACGCGAUGUUUAUUAACCCCGAGCGUUAGCGUGAUGGUUUUUACCCUGAACACUAUGCUGAGCAUCAACCUGCUCGUCUUCUUCGUCCUUGUUGUUCGUCCUCAGAUUUUGAAAGUUGCUGCAGAGGUUGAGGAGCAGCUCUCGACCCGCCUGUGUAUCCGAGCAAUAUUCAUAAACACAUCGAUCACUGUCGCUACGUGAAGUCGUACGCUGAUGACGCUGCAAUAUUCCCAUUAAACCACAAUCACUGUUUGUUGUUGAAAGUUAGAAAGGGAAAACAAAACACUUCAACUCUAAGACUUUUUUCUGUUGUACGUUUACAUCAUUGUGUCCAUCCUUUGUUAUUGUAAGUGCCACGCCCCCUUUGCCACGCCAGUCGUCUUAAAGAUGGCCUCCCACAAAAAUACUAAACCAAGGGGUUUGACCGAAACGUGUUUUUUCAGAGUGUUUGUUUUUAUUUUGUUUUAAAUCUGAUUCGAUGUGCGCCUGUAAUGAACCAGGUCAGCAGGUCAAAGACAUCCUUUUAUUUAUGAUGAAAAUGCACUAAAUCAUAUUUAGUCCGACUUAACUCAAACGCUUUCCACUACAUCUUUACCUUUCAACUAAAGUUUGUUGUUUCUCCCACUUCGGAGGCUUCUUGCCGUUUUCUCUGAAUCGACCUGGACUUUUAUUUGUACAGAAUUAACUUAAAAAAAAAAAACAAUAUCCAUUAUGUAAGUUCACCUGAUCAGAGAAACCUCAGGAACAUCGGCUCUUUAAUGAUUGCUAGCAUGAUGUUGUUAGCAUAACUGCUAGCGAACAAGCCAGAAACAACAUGGCACUUUUUUCAGCUUACUAGCUCAGAAAAUUGCCGUGUUUAGACAAAGCUUGAAAAUAUUCGCUUCGGAACGUCUCAGUCAACAUACGCUAACCAUGAUAGCAGCUAGCUGUGUGACCUUAAGCGCUGCAGCCGUGUUUCAGAUAGCGAGGAGAGUUUACACUUCACCUCUGUACAGCUACUGAUCAAACAACACAACUAAUCAAGACUUUAUUUUUUAAUCUUAAUCCAGAGAAACUUGCUUUUUCUUCCUCUAGCCACAGAAACUGCUGAGUCAUCUGUAGCCAAAGCUAACUGCUGCUAGCAGUGAAACAACAAGCAUGGCAGUGCCGUUUCAGAUGCAGGUAAACUGUUAAUACGACCAUGUUUAGUCAGAAGAAGAGCCCAGAGUUUUAUGUUUAAGCUUAAUUGAACAUUAAAAAUUUGAAUUAUGAUAAAGUUAAACAUUUUGAAUCUUCAACUAGCGACCAGUUAGCUUAACUCAGCUAAUAAUUAUGUUUUCUUUGAGUAUCUUUCAGGACCCUGACUCUUUUUACAACAGUUAAUUCUAAAUUAUUGACCCACAUCUGUCUCUUCUUUCAUUAGCAGCUACAGAUUGUUUUGUAAUUUAUUUUGUGAAUUCACAGCUGCUGAGUCGGACUGCAGCUGCUGAGUCAUGCAGUGCGUUAGCAUGGUUAGCUUGAACUUGCAAUCAGACUGCAGCUGCUUUUCCUCUGCCGUCACCUCAACCUGUCCUUUGUCAAAACGCAGCUAAACAUUAAAACUUUGAAACUAUUUAGAGACAUCCUGUGAAGCUCCACUUGCAGCUAGCAAUGUGUUAGCUGAUUUAAGCUAACAAGUGAUAGCAUGGCGCAAUGUGAUUUUUAUCGGCGCAGUUACACACGCUUCAGAAACUGAGCGUGGGAGAUAAGGAUGUUCAACUUUACGAUACUUAUCGAUACCACGAGUUUAAAAUUCUGAUAUGAAGACCCUCGUAGGAGAAGCCGCCCGCUUGUAGAUAAACCUUGUACGCCUUGAAAGAUGCUGGGAAAAUGAGGAAACCACAUUAGCGCUCAUAUUUCUAUUCAACGCUCGCCGCCAUCCGUGCCCACCUCAGCUGUACAUAGACUUCAAAGUACAAACAUGGAGAAAAGACACCUCUGUAUGGUCAACGUCUGGUUUGUAUGCUUGUUUUAGCCUUUCCCUCUUAAGCCCCGCCCACCAGGGCUGUCCUCCACGUUAUUUAUGAACACACCCUGUGAGGAAGACUCCGCCCCCUCAAACCUACCUUUAUGUAUAUUUUUCUCUCCUGUCCAUCCUUGAUUAUUAUGAUUGUUAUGAUUUCAUCCAGAUGCAUUAUUGUUUUUAUUGUCAUUGUUAUUCUAAUUAUUAUUAUUAUUGUUAUUGACUUCUGUUGGCUGUACAGUACCGUUGUUGAGAAAUUUUACUUAAUACAGAGUCUUCUACUGUAAUGUGUCUCUUUUCAAUAAAGACGAGAAUAAUGCUUCGUAAUAUAA